CUAUUUAUUUAAGAAGUAGCAUUAGUUUACAAUUUUCACAAUUCAAUGGUUCAUAUAAACAAAGUAAAUUUUUACUAAAAGUGGAACUUAUUUAAUUGCGCUUUUAUCAUUGUGCACGGUAAAGAACAUAACAAAAUGUCGUCUUUCCGGAAAAAGAGCACCAGCACAACAGAAAGCAGUUCGAGUUCCUCAUCCGGCAGUUCUUCCAGUGGCAGUACUAGCUGCUCUAAUUCUGGCAGCAGUUCUUCCGAUACUGAAUCAAGUAGUUCGGCUGAUGAGAAAAGUGGGGUUGAAGAAGUCCCUUCAACAACUAAAAGCCAAGCAAAUACUCGUCGUAAGAGUUCGGAAUUCAAAACCACUGCAAAAACAGAUAAUGCCGAUAAAGCUUCUUCUAAUCAACCAGUUUCUUCUAAAACACGACCAAAUAACAGUAAUACAACAUCCUUGCGACAAACUCGUGUAAGCAACCCAUCAAGUGAUGAAGAACUUCCACUCAGUAAAAAGUCGACAAGACCACCAGCAACAGGCAAUACCACACAAAAGCGUAAACUUUCGGCAUCAAGUGGAACUGCAAGUCAAAGUCAAGGUAAUCAACGUACUACGGGUGGAAAAGCGCCACAAAACAAUUCUGGGAGAUCAAAUGCGCAGGCAACCAAAAACUCUGGAACUAAUCCGAAGUCACAAAAUGUUACAGCCAAUGCCGAUACCGGCGUAGAUGGGAAGAAAAACUCGGCUGCUAAAUCACCACACAGAUCAGAUGACUCAGAUCGAGAUGUAUUUCCAUCUAGUCGGAAUAAGACUGAACGUAAAGGCCAAGUAAAACUCUCAGCGCAGGCUGGUACUACAGCAGUUGGUAAUAACUCAGAUAAUCGGUCAAAGCAAUCGAAAUCUAAAGUACAGCCUAAGCGUAAUGUGGUUGCGAAAAGUAAGAAUAAAAGUUCAGAUGAAGACGAAGAUGAAGAAGAUUCUGAGUCAGAAAGUGGAAAAUCCACUACGUCAAGUGAGUCAGAAGCAACUGAGAGCAGUAACUCCUACGAUACUCAACCCGUAAAAUCGGUUAAAGGGAAACGAGCGCCUACUGCUGCAAAAAUUACGAAUUCUGAUUCGGAUGAUGAGGCUCCACGUAAACUUACCCGUUCACUUAGCACUCGGCGUUCCAGGCAACAACAGAAAUCGUCUGCUGGCGUUGGUGGCGGAACAGAGAGUGAAUCUGAUGCCGACUUAGAUAUGGAGAAGCACUCUCUAUCCAAGAGCCCCGCUAAACGUUGCGUUUCCACCAGUGGCGGUAGUAAAUGCAAGGUAAAGAAAGAGGCUGGAGUCUUUGGAACAACACCGGCCAAACCACGUUCACUGUCACCGCCACAACAUUUAGAAAAAAAAUGUCCCAUAGAAGGAUGUGAUUCUUCGGGACAUUUGAGCGGUAAUUUAGACAGACAUUUUUUACCAGAAGCCUGUCCAAUUUACCAUAAUAUGUCGGCAUCCGAGUGUAAGGAACGUGCUAAUGAGAGACAAUUACGAAAUGAACGGCGCAUGCUUACCAAUGAUUGCAAUUCUACUAAUGCCGAUGGAAGUAAUCAAAAACAACGCACUUCUGAGCAAACCGAAUUUUUGACGAAGAUACGCGAAUCACGAACGAGAUUUCGUCCAAUCGCUGCAGCAAUAAAUACAGAGAAGGUCAAACUUGAAAAGGACUGCACUGAUGAAGAUCGAGAACCUAGCCUAAUAGGGUUAGUACCCGAUUACGAUCUACAACUGUUUCGCGAUGCCCAAGCAAUCGCUUCCGAAAAAGUUGAAGAUGAAUUGAAAGACCUGCCUGUGGGAAAAGGCAUUAAAUAUAUAACAAUGGGCAAAUACAAGAUGAAAGUUUGGUAUCAAUCUCCUUAUCCCGACGACGCUGCGCGUCUACCUCAAAUGUAUAUAUGCGAGUUCUGUUUAAGAUAUCAAAAAUCUGAAACUGGUAUUAAGCGGCAUGCCGAGAAAUGUGUAUGGCGUCAUCCGCCAGGUGACGAAAUAUAUCGAAAAGGCAAAUUGCAAGUGUGGCAAGUAGACGGUAAACGUCACAAACAAUACUGUCAACAUUUGUGCCUCUUGGCGAAAUUCUUUUUGGAUCAUAAAACUCUGUACUAUGAUGUGGAACCAUUCCUUUUUUACAUAAUGACCUUGGCUGAUGUCGACGGUUGUCACACGGUUGGAUACUUCAGUAAGGAAAAAAACUCGUUUUACAACGUUUCGUGCAUUUUAACUCUCCCACCAUAUCAACGGAAGGGUUACGGGCGCCUACUGAUUGACUUCAGUUACCUGCUGACUAGAGUGGAGGGCAAAAUUGGAUCGCCGGAAAAGCCACUGUCGGACUUGGGUUUGAUAUCCUAUCGGUCUUAUUGGAAAGAUGUGUUGCUGGAUUAUCUGUGCACGCGAACCGGAAAUACCUUGAGCAUUAAAGACGUAUCGCAGGAAACGGCAAUAUAUUCAUACGAUAUCGUGAGCACUUUGCAAGCCUUAGGCAUGAUGAAGUACUGGAAAGGCAAGCAUAUCGUACUUAAGAAGCAAGAUGUACUCGACGAGUACGAAAAACGUGUUAAGCAAAGAGGCAAUUUUCCGAAAAUCGACGACAGUUGUCUGCGUUGGAGCCCUUUUGUGCCAACACAAACUAAUAACUCCCCAUAAUAGUAGGUUCUAACUUCUCGUACGGAGGCGAUAGUCAUCAUCUACGUGCACUGAUUAAUCUAGUUAAUAAAUAUAAUUUUAUGAUUAAAUCGUGGUUUAGCAACAGUGAAUAUAUUAAGCAGCGGCUUAACUUAUUAAAUACUGUACAAAUAUUUAUCGUGUCAACUCACUCUCAUAGAGAGUCAUAGUGCAAGCCACUCGCGUGAAAAUCACUGGUUUUUUGCUUUCCUUAUAAGCUCUGAACUGUCUUUAAAUUUUUUAAAAAUCCUUAUAUCGAAUAUGAAUGGCGUUCAAAACAAUUGCACAAACAUUGUAUAUAGUGUAUUAGUAAACCAAAUAUUUAGAUAAUUAUUAGUGGGAGAGACUCCACUCGACAAUUCAUACACAAUUUUUAAAAAGCAAAAUUGAUAUUGUUAAAUUUAAAAUAUUAAUUGUAAAAUAUAUAAUAUGUAAAUAUUGAAAUCUGUAGAUAUAAUUGAUAGUUAGUUUAAAGUAUGAUGAUAAAUCUUUUUACAAAAUAAAUAAACUAAUUGCAUUUUUAAUUUUACUCAAAAUUGCGAUUUCUUUUAAAAAUAAAUAUCAGAUAUUAAAUAUAUAUGUAUUUGCAUUGGUAUGAAUGUACAGGGUUUGUCUGGAAAGUAAGACGGCCGAUUUUCUUCCGCCGCAACUGUUCUUCGGAGCGUGUGCGCAACGACUGGAUUCGGUAGAGUUGUCUCCGAGCAAAAGUGAAAACGAUGCUGAUUGUUUUUUGACAUCAAAGGCAUCGUCCACCAUGAAUUUGUUCCUCUUGGACAAACCGUCAACGCCAAGUUUUACGUGGAAGUCCUCAAGAGACUCAAACGAAGGGUCAAUCGGAGCCGAUUGUAAAUUUCAUCAUGGCAACGCCCCGGCUCACACCGCCUUUCUUGUAAACAGCUAUCUAACCAAGGCCGGGAUCCCAACGCUUCCGAAGCCGCCUUACAACCCAGAUAUGAAACCAAGGAGUUAUUUUUUUUGCUUGCCUGAAAAGGCAACAAUUGGUUCAAUAAUUUUUUUGAAAUCGACUCAGUUCUAUUACUUUCCGGACAAACCCUGUAACAUGGAUGAUUUCUAAGAUACAAAUUUUCAUGUGUUGUCUCUUAUUAGCAGAACUAUAAGCUUCAAACAUUCGCUAACCCCCAAUGGGAAAAUUCUAUCGUUAAGUUUGGAGAGAGUAUAUCUAAAAAAUGAGGGAUAUAUACAUAUAUAAAGGGACAUUUGAAUUGGUCAACGUGUUUAUAAUCUCAUAACUCUAUAACUCAAGAUGUCUUCAGGUUACCUUAAUGAUCUCUAAGUAGUCUAGUAGACCUAUAAAUACUCCAUAGAAACAGUUGCAAUAAUUUUUAAAUAUUUCAUAGGACAAACUUAUAUCGAUAUAUAUGCAUACGUACAUAUAGUUAUGCAGGUAAGAUACAAAAUUUUGAUAGUGGUUUAUGAAAUAUUAAGAAUGGAGUAAGCAGUGAUUCACAACAGACGAGUGAUUAGCCAGUUGGGGAAUGAUAAAAGUUCGCAAGUUCGUCUGUCGAAUUAAUAAUUUUACGUUAUGUCUAUACCAAUAUUUUACGUACUUUUCACUUACUUAUGCUAGAUUCGGGGAAAAGUACUUUCUCACAUGCUGUACUUCUAUGUAUACGUAAUUAACAAUUAAUUAUUUCAUAAUUAUUAUGAAUUGUAAUAUCUUUUUACAUCACACAGGUUUUUAAGCUUUGAAAUCAGCUGAUGAUUUUGGCUUGGAUCCUCCCAUGCCAUAGAGCCGGCACCAACGUCAACUUUCUUGUGUUAUCGAAACUUUGUGACUCCCCCUCACUAGCAAUGCAUUUAAAGCACAGACAUGCAUGUGCAACCGUUGCAAGUGAGAAAACCUCGCAUUCACCAUACGCAUGUAAACAUUCGUGCAUAAUCGGGUUUCGGCGCUUGCUCACUACCAUUUACAAACAAAGCGGCAGCAAGAGCAGGAGCAAGAGCAACAGAAUCAGAAAGAGCAAACUUAAAUACACCAAGAAUAUGGUCAUAACAACGGUCGUGGUGGUUAUGGUUAUGGUGGCGAUGACGAUGACGACGACGAUGACUUAGUGGCUGCAAUGGAGUCGUUGUCGCAGAAGUAGACAGAAGCAGCGGCGUUAACAGUGGCAGUGGCAAUGCCGAUGGCAUUUGUUGUCCAACAAGAAGUAUCUGCCAGACAGGAGACGUGCGACGGGUUUCGCCAACAUUCUCGUUACAAGCGGCAACCAAAUGAGUGAAAAAAAGUGUGUGCCCCUGCAUGUAUGUAUGUGUAUGGUACAUACAAAAGGUAUAUAGCAAAUAAUAUGAAAAAAAACGGCGCAUUCGUACGCGAUUACCGGCAUUGGCAAACGACGGUGGGAGAAAUACUCGCUCGGUCUCCGACACUCUGGCACUGACAGUAUCUACACACUUGAUUUAGAACUGGGUAGCAGCUAGCUCUCUGGACGCAAACACAGACGAAGCAACGACAGAAACAUACAUAUGAACACAUAUAUAUUUACUAUACAUAUUAACAUUCUGUGUGCAAGUAGAGACACCACGAAGCUUAUUUGUAAACGCGAACCGAAAGAAAUUUUAUGGCAAAUAGCUGGCUCUGGUUGCUUUUGAUUGAACAGCGGCACCGAGUAACACUCAUUUGAUCAGACACAGCCGGUCUGAACGGUUCGUCUUAAAAAUAGUCGCUCGAAGUCAAUUAGCACACAGUGGUAUUCACAAACAUAGAAAGAAAUUCACUUACCAAAGCAUUCAAACUGGAAGCAGACAUCAAGAGUUAGUCAGUUACUCAGUUAGUCGUCAGUCGCAACAGUACACCAGAUGGCCAAGCAGUUAUUUAAGGUCGUCGCCGAGUGCAAACGCCGAUGGCAGACAGCUGAUUUUCCAAAUGGUAGACAUGGAGGGGAGUGACUCUAUAGUAAAAAUUAAACACACAAUUAGCUAAGGAUCAGUUGGAAGUGCUGUGGGCGUUGUUUACACGUUUCGAAAAUGAGUUGAAAAAAAGAACGGAAAAAACGCAGACUUAUCGGAUAUUUUUUGGCAUUAUUUAAAUAUUGAAAGUAUUUCCAUUGUUGCCGUGUGUACUUGUUUGCACUGUUAUUAUCGUCAUCGUCAUAUGACGGGCGGCAUUGCGGCAAACGACAAAUGGGCAUUGUGCACUGCGGUUCAGUGCUUGUGCACAUGUAUUAUAUAUUUGUCUGCAUGUAUGUACGUUUGUAGUGCGAAGUAUGUAUUUUGUAUGGACUAAUGUGUAUAUAGGCGGCGACGUCAGUCUGAUUGUGUUCGUGUUCUCGCUAAAUACACUUGUGUUGGUGCGCGUAUACGUGAGCCAAUGAAGGAACGGCCAACAAGAUAGAAAAGUGAAGACAAUUCAAUCGGAAGUGCACUUCGACCGGAAAAAGCAAAGGAAUUGUGAAAUUCAACAAGGAUGGCCCCCAACUUCGGCCGUGGUAAUGCACUUCACAGUGCGACCUGUGCACGCUGUGGGACAAAAGCGGUGGAAAACUUCGAAUUUUAUUGCUAGUGACGAUGGAAAUUUCCCGAUCAGUAAGCCAGCAGUGAUACAAAUUUCGAGCACUCCACAACGCAUUGGUCUAGAAAAUCGAGAUGGUUGAUUAUUAUUAGUCGAUCUAUAUGAUAUCAGCCUUGCUCCGGUACUACGUAUUGGUCCCAGUGGUGACUACAUAGACGCUGACGCAAGUGUAUAAGUUGCCGGCGUUAAAAAAUCUACACACCCGCCCAGCUGACACGAAAAAUACUAAUGAAUAAGUGGGACCUGGUGCCACAAUGACAAGCGCCGCAGCAGCGGCAUAUUUAAAAGUAAAAUAGCAAAGUUUUGGUGAUAAACACGCAUCCGAUUAAGCAGCUAAAUAGCCAAAUAGUCGGUAAAUAAACAUACAUGUACGUGUGAUGCGAGCAAUAAAUCAUUUAUUUAUAUGCACAAGUAUGUGCGUGUGUGCGACCACAUAGAGAUAUGCAGAGGAAUGUAGAACAUAUGUGCAGCGACGUAUUAUUGCUCAUAUUUUGCCAGAAGAAGAAUAUUGCAGAGGGAUGGACGAGGUGCCGGCUGAACGACAUCAUGCGAGUAUUAUGUAGAAAAAUGGCCAGGAGGAGGACAGCGCAACUCACAUGUUUGAACGACAUGUAUCUGAAAAAUUAAUUUUAGACUGUAGAUUGCUAAAAGAGACAGUAAAAAGUUUGAAAAGUCGUGCACAGAUCGUGAUUUCAUACGAAAAGUGGUGGCGUAUGCGAAAUAGGAAUGCGGUCGUUCGAGGGAAAGACAGCACCAAAAUCAAAAUAAAAAAAAAAAACAAAAGCAGAAACCGAACCAUAGAGAAUGGCAUAAGUGACGGCAAUACAGAACGAAAUGCGAAAUUCUUGAGUAAUGAAGCAUGCGAAUAUGUGAGUUAAAGUGCGAAAUACUGCCGAAGGAGUAGAACUUUAAUUUCAUCUUUUUUGCUUAAUGUUAAAAUGGUUAGUGCCACAUAAACGUUUACUAUGUAUAUGAGUAAGUGGUAAAGGAGUGAAUGUCUGCUUUCGUUUUAAAAACGCGAAUUGCACUGAGAAAUCUCGUCAUUAUAGCUUUAACUUAUUGAAGAGAAAUUCGAGCGCUUAGAAAGAUUACACAGUUUAUCCGCUCAAGUGUAGGUUGAAAUGUUUAACUAUAUAUUGUGUAUUUGUAUGCAUAUUCGUAUAUCCGCAUGUCUGUCCGUGUACUUAAAAUUGACGUUAGAAACAGUCUUUUGUUCUUUUGCUGCUACCUCUGAUUUUUCACCAUGCGGCACAAAGUGCCACCCAUACUUGCACGCACAUAAUAUAAUAUGAACGCGAACGCAAAUACAAGCCCAAAGACCGAAGACCGAACCAGAUGGAAGACAAUGGAGGCAGACAACGGCACAGUGACCGGUCUGAAAGUUUUGCGAAGUUGAGUGCAAACAGCUGUAGCUGUGUCGGAGUGUGCAUGGAGCAUACGCACACAUGCAUAUAAAAAAUAUUCACUUAUAUAUCAAUAAAUGUAUAUAUUUGGAUAUAUUUACAUAUAUAUGUAUAUGUUUAUGUAUGUAUGUGUUUGUGCUUGUGCGCUUAUGCGUGGCAUUCACUGCUGAUUCGUCACUUUACCGGUAAGUUCGUUUAAUAUGACUUAUAUAUUUUUUCUACACUAACUCCAUUCAUUUGUUGUAAUGUGUAUAUGGACUAGUAUGAUUUACAUAUUUACAUUUAUUUGUAUAUUAUAAUACAUUUCGUUUGCAAUAUACAGUGGACACGAAUAAGAGCCAGCGUGUUUAAAAAGCUCAUGCGAGCGACAAACUGUUGGCACGAGAGAGAGAGGGUGAGAAGAAGAGAGACAGAGAGUGUCACAUUGAUUGUGUGUGUAUGUGUGCAAUUUGUAAUGUUUUUGUUGUAAAAUAUGGUGGGUCCAUUGCAGGCAGACCAUGAACAUCCCGAUGCAUCAUCGUCUGCAACAUCAUCAUCAUCAUCGCCAUUAUAAAUGACUUCGUUAUUGUUGCCGGCAUGCAACGACUUUUUACAAUUGUACAUACUCGUAGCUGAAGACAUACAUAUGUACAUGUGUAUGUGUACUUGCUACGCCCUGCCGGUAGUCGUGCAAACUCCAGCUAAAAAGAUUAUUGCGCUUGUGCCCCACCCAAGUAAAUGAAACAUAUGUACAUACAUACAUAUUCAUCCUUUCGAUAGUACGAAUAUAAAUUUAAUUAUGUACGUAUAUUUUAGAGAUUGUAUACAUACAUCAACUAUUCACAUUUGCAUAAAAUAACCUCAUCCCGGCUGUUGUUUGCCAAACAUUUCCGAACCUCGAAACUUUUCGCCAAAGCACGUUCGGCUUAAGCCAAAGAACCUUGGAUGUAUUGAAGUCAGCAUUGCGGGGUAAACUACAUAUACACAUGCCUGUAUGUAUCUAGUUGUGGGUAUACGUUUGCGCGACAUUCAAAAUAUUGGCAAUUACUCAUUAUAGUACUCAGCGCAAUCGCGAACUGUCGUCAUUCCAACCAUACAGCCGAUGUGCGAACCAAGUGGCUCGGUUUUCACUUAGGUCACCGACUGCGCCAAUACAUAUGUACAUACAUACACACACACAUACAAGCAUAUGUAAAUACGUAAGCCAAAAUUCAGCAAAAUAACUACUUUGUAAAAAAAGUGCAAAUCAAAUCGAAAAUGAAAUACGAGCACCAUUCAAUGUGUGUGGAAAUAUCUCGCUUCCUACUAGCCAACAAUUUUCGGCACUGCGCGCCUGGCUUAGUGUCUAACUAAAUGUUGCUUACGUAUUCACGGUUAGUCUUGGAGGUAACACGAAGUGUCGCGGCCACCACAAGCAAGCAACGAUUCAAUUGCAACUACAACUUCUUUACAAUGCCAUUGAAACUUUGAGAUAUUCACACGUUCCGCCAAGAAUUCGCCGAAAUUCAAGGCUUCAAACAGCAAACACAUUCAUACAAAUUUGCUUCUUACAUAUCUGCCUAUAUGCCUUGAAGCUUCGAACGUGUUCACAUGUUAGUGGUCGCUCGCAGCAUUCGCCUCUCCGUCUUGCUUUCAGCUGCUCAACAGACGAUUGUUAAGUGAAGAGGUGGCCAGGCUUCGACUGGUGUCGUUCGGGCUCCAACAAGAGGAUCGUGGCACUGCUGAUCGGUUGGUAGUGUGUAGCCAACCAACAGCUGUCGCCGAUCUGCCGAGCGCUUUCAAGCGUAAAACAAAUUUUUGGCAAAAUGAAAAAUGCGAAAUUUUUACAAUACAAAAAAACUUCAUAUACAUACAUACAUACAUACAUAUUUGCAUGUCAGUGUACAAGUAUAUGUGUUUGUAGUCGUAAAUAGCGAGAAGGGGGGUAAUGAAAAUUUGCAAAUCGGAAUUCGCCAAACACGCGGAUCGUAGUGAGUACACAACUCGCGAAGCGUGAUCUGAAACUUUGCGAAAUUUUCAAGUAAAAGCAAUAUGGCAGCCGCUGAAGUCGGCACAGUGCAAAAAUGUCUGCCAGCAGUUGAUGAGGUGUGUGCCGUCUUCGUAGCGGCGGAAACAGCUGAACACGAACACAUAUACAUAGACGAUUUACCGAAGGAAAAAUUAAUACGAUGACGAAGACAAAGACGAAGAAGUUCUGCUGAACGAAGAAGGAGAAGUCAAAAACUAAACAAAAUAAUACAAACAUAAAUAGAUACGUGAGCGGAAAGCUGAAAUUGAAGCUCAAGCGCUACUAUAAUGUAUGCGUCGGCAAUUACCUAUGUAUGUAUGUAUGUAUCUAUAUCCGAAUCAUAACCAACGAAAAAAUUUAAGCAACAAACAUACACAUACAAGUAUGUAUGAAUCCCGAAGGUGCGUGUGUAGUGGGGCACGUGUCGUUCGUAGAUACUCAUUAAAUCGUGUUAUUUUAUUUUUUAUUUGUUCCUGCCUUUGUGCGCUCUGGAGAAAGAGCACAAACUCGUGUAUAUACAUAUACAUGAAUGUGUGUGCGCUCGGUUAUAAAUGAAUAAUUGCAGCACACUGUGCUUGAAAUCAAAAAGCUACUCUCAUCGGAACAGGCAGCACCAACGGCAGUCGGCAAGCAACGUUGUAUCGCACAGUGAUCGCUUUUAUGCCGAUGUGUUUGUGAGUAAAAUUCAAAACUGUUUUAAUUUUGUUCUUUUUCAGCUUAUUUUUUUUUUCUUUGGUCACUCACACCGAUUCGUAGCGGCAAUGUGCGAAUUUGUUCGCUAGCACGACCGACGACAUCGUUUGCUUAGUAACAGCUUUGAGCCCGGACGGCCAAUACCUCCUCCUUCGGUUGGUCGUACGGUCGAACAGCUGGUCGGCGAAAAAAUGGGAAACUAUGUGUGGCCAGCAACUGCGAGAUCGGCAUCUGCGACAGAGGAGAGCAAUACAAAUUUAGAAUAUCAGGGCCGCUACGUCUUCUGGCAUUGCAAGUGUAUUAGAGACGAGCGGCCUGCAUGGGAAAUACACACGGUAACUCUACAGGAUAAACUUCGUGACUUAAUUGGCGGAAGUUGAAUUCAGUGUUAAGUGAGCGAACGAGUAGCGGGUUCACGGAAAUGCCGACCAGAUGAUGUCAUGAGACAGUGCCCGUGUGAACGGUUUGCCAGUAGCUUCGUACUUUGGUAUGUAUGUACAUAUGUAUAAUGUGUGUAUGUUUGAAAAUGGGAAGUCUGCGUUCGGUUUUGAUAUAAAUAUGGUUAAAUAUGUGUAUGUGUACUAGACCGUUCAACAAGUAAUUUAUGGUGCCAGCUAGUCAAGAAAGACCAUUUGCAUAAUUUCGUGCUCUGCACUCGGAGCCAGAGGAAUAGUGGGCAGCAAACGCAAGCCAAUACUUAGCAGUCAGGUGUUGAGGGAAGCGAGACAUAUACACAUACAUGACUUUUGCAAAUACGAAUCGCUGAAGAGAGGCGAGCAGUAUAACUUACCACAGCUAACAGCUGCCGGGGAUGUGGCUGUGUACUUUCGCACACCGAUACCGCACAAGUUUGUUUAGGUGUGAGUGCAGAGCGCUCAUAGGUGAAAAUAAUGGCAUGACUAAUUUAUAAUUCCAGACGAAGUUCGGUAUCUACAUAUUUUUCUUGUUAUUCUUUUCAAUCCGUCGAUCAGGUUGAACACGAAGCAAGUCAUCUUGAUAACGAAGCGAAUUCCAACUCCAAGCUUCGUUGAUUACGUGCAGAAAUUAGUGAACGAAAUUUGCAGAAACUCUCACACAUAUUUAUAAAAAUGGCAAAGCGAGAGAAGAUGACAAAGAGACGCGCACACAAACGAAAAAGUUAAAUACUUUGCGGUAAGCUCUUUGAAUGUGAGAGCUGGGAACAAGGUAAUAAAUAAAGAGCGACCAGUGGACGUGAGUUAAUGAUACCCAAUUAGCUUGCCAGUCUGUCAGCUGGUAGUUUUGCCGGAUGUGACGAGCACAGGUCGGUCGACUGGUGAGUAGUUGUUUGCUGAGUUUUCGCACACAAAUCGCGGACUGGUGUGAGACAGCAAAGAGAGCAAGCCUCGUUGAAAUAAAUGUGCUGCGAAAAGAGAAUAUAUGCAUACAAUUGGGCAUAUUGGUGUGUAUAUGUGUAUGAAGUCAUCCGGAGACCAUUCAUGGGGCGCUAACGAAGUUGAAAAGCAGAUCGUUAACCUUAAAGCUUCUCAUGGAGAGACCACAAGGUCGUUUCCUUUGGAUGAUCAACUGCGGUCGACACCAGGUUGUGCCACGGUUACGCGUUGGGCAGAUGAGUGGGUAGGUACGAAUAAACGAGCUGAAGCACGUACAUAUGUCCAAUAUAUAUGUAUGGAGGUAUGUGCAUGCAGUCACACGGAGUCACGCUGAGUAAUCGUGCAGCCAAGUGCAACUGCUGUUGCCAACUGCAAUUGCAGCUGCAGUUCAAGUGAAUGAGAUCGCAUGUUUAAUGCUAUGCAGACUUCCGUGCAUUUUUGAUGCAUAUUCCAUUUAUGUAUGAUUUUUUUUUGGUAAUUAACAUUUUGGCAAUCAACGCUUUCAACUGUGAAGUCAAGUACUUUGCGCGCUAAUCAGUGACCGGGGCUGGGUUGUUAUCUAAGGCAGUCAGGUACCUGAAGUAGCGCGCGAAGUGCCUGUCAAAGUCAACAGAGUCUCGUCAUAUAUUAAACAGUGAAGUUGCAGCGACCAUUUGCACAUAUUCACACCUGAUAUCUUAAGUGACUAAGUGAUUUAAUUCCUAAUAAUUCAAUGAAUGUCCCAUGUCUAUUGUACUUCAUCAGGUGCUCUGGUGUUCGGGUUACCCGGCACAUGUUGAAGUACAUUCAAUAUGAGACUAAGUUCGACGGUGUAAUUAAUGGAAACUUCGAUAGCUGUAAAUGUAAUGUAAAAGCGCAGCGUGGACGCGGUAAAUUUAGACAACUUACGUAUGUAUGUACUAUAUGUACAUAUGUAUGUAUGUAUAUAAGCGUGUUUCACUUAAUCUUUGUAUUAAUGGCAAUGACUUCAUUAGAAAAGCAUAAAUGAUAUGAGGUAAGCGUAUACAUAUCUACAUACAUAUGUACAUAUGUGGGUAAUUAAUCACUUUUGAAAAGAAUAAAAAAAAACAAAAACAAAGUAUUACAUCAAUAGAUGAAGCUUUCACCUUAAAAUAGAAGAUGUUAACACUUAUUUAUAGUAUUUGACUAAGCAAUUUCGUUUAUCUGGAAAAUUGAGAGACAAUCAAUACUUUAUUUCUGAAACUUUAAAUAACACUUAAAUUUUUCUAAUAGUUUGUAUAUUUGUAUUUGUAUAUGCAAUACCUAUCGAUAUUACGUUAAACAAAGAGCUAUUAAGGUAAGUGGUUCACCAGUGUUGAAUAUAAGACUUCUGUUCGCGCAUGGUAGGUUGAAAAAGAUGAAGAGUGCAGAACAGCUCUAAAUAUUGUUUUAAAAAAAUACUAAAUAAAAAAGCGCACAGCUGUUUAUAUAACUAUAACUAUCAUUUAUAGCAGAUUUUCUUCAAUAUAAUGAGAGAGAACCAGAUCUUCAGUGAGCAUCCGGAACAAUAAAUCUUAUCACCAAAUAGGAAAUGUAUGCGGCUAAUUGGCAGAUGACUAAGAACACAAGGACUUUGUUUAGAAGUAAAAGUCACCAAAGCAAAGCGUUCGAAAAUCGAAGUGUUUUUUCGAUCAACAUCAAAUCUUAAUAUUCCGGAAGUGUGGCAGUUGAAAAUUUUUAUUUGUAGCCUACACAAAGGCGCAAAGUCAUAUGUGUGUACCUAUAAGCUUAUUGUAUGGAUUUUUUAUAUUUUAUUUAUUUAUUAUAUAAAUGUGCAUACAAAUAUUUUGUGUAUUUUGCAUUAAAUGGAUAAUAAAAAAAUAUUGUAUUUAAAUAAAUAUUAAAAUGUAACAUAAAGAUUUUUAUUUCCAUGUGUUUAAUAUGCUGCCUUAAGAAAAACUAAAUGAGACGAAAAUUAUGGUAAUAAAUCUCUUUGAGACUUUUUAUAAAGACUCGACAAAAAAAAAAAAAAACUUCAAAAAGCAAAAAGUUAAUCUGUGUAGAGUUAUAGUAAGAU